AAAACGAUUUCAAAACCCUCGCUUGUGCCGAUUCUCUCUGUAUCUCUCUCCUCUCUCGCCGUUAUCUGCUCACCCACUUUCUCACGCUGUACUUAGAACGUAUGCUGAGUGCCCACUUCCGUAUCCAUUCAACUGUUCGAGGGUUUUAUAGUUUACUGAGAUUGACUUUGUCAGUUUAUCUAUAUUCGAGACUUCUGCUCUUUGUUAAUCUUUGAUCGAAAAUGUCUGCUAGCCCGCGAAACGAAGGGGGAACUCAACUCCUCUCGGUUCGUGUUCGGAAAACUAUAAAAUCGAUUAAAGAAAUUGUGGGUAAUCACUCGGACGCUGAGAUAUACAGCGCUCUCAAAGAAGCAAACAUGGAUCCUAAUGAAACUACUCAGAAGUUAUUAAACCAGGAUCCAUUUCAUGAGGUGAAAAGGAAAAAAGACAGAAAGAAGGAGAAUACAGGCUUUAAGAACAUAGCGGAGCCCAAGAAACAGUUUGACCAUGCAGCUCCGGGGGCAAAAGUGAACAAGUAUCCUGAUCGAAAUAAUCGAAGAGGAGGCUCCAACAGGGAUUCUUCAAACUUGGCAGUGGUUAACCGAGAAUUUCGUGUGGUGAGAGAUAACAGAGCCAAUUCAAUUCCCAAUGGAGAGCCAACUUCACUUCCACCGAUUUCAACCAAAGAACAUGUCAUCUUACCCACUUCUGACAAAAGCUCAACAGGGAUUUUUGGCAACCAAAAACCAUCUGGUGUUGUGCCAACUGUUCCAAUAGAUGGACAACCUCAGGGAACAACUUCAACUGGAACUGUUGGGAAAGAAUUACCAAAGGAAAAGUGGGUCCCUGUGAAGGCGAAUGCUUCACAUGUGCAAGUGGAGAAGUUAGAAGACUCUAAACAGCGUUCUGCAAUGCAAGUGCCAAACCAGUCUGUGGUUGGAAUGUAUUCCUCUUCUUCAGAUCCAGUUCAUGUCCCAUCACCCGAAUCCAGAGCAACUUCUAACGUCGGUGCUAUUAAAAGGGAAGUUGGUGUAGUUGGUGUUCGAAGUUUGCCUUUGGAAAAACCUGCCAAGACAUCGUCUUCACAGGUCGUUUCCAUCUCUAUUCCACAUGCUCGAAAAGACGUCAAAUCUUCCAGAGAAUCAUCCAAACCUGUUACCGCUGCCCCUAAAAUAGAACCAUCCAAUCGAGCAUCUGAAGCUGUCGCACCUGUCAGUUCUAUCAACAAGAUGGUAACAAAUAAUCAGUAUAAUAGCAGACCUCCUCAACAAAUUCUGGGUCAUCAGAAAGCUUCCCAGACUGGCAAGGAAUGGAAGCCUAAAUCCAGCAUGAAAUUGACUACACACGGUCCUGGGGUUAUUGGAACGCCAACAAAAGCAGUUCCUGCUGCUACUGAUAACUCAAAAGAUGCGGAGAAGGAGGAUGCAGAGCCAUCGCAAGAUAAGGAUCAGCCAUCACGAAUCAAUGAAAAUAAUGUAAUCAUUGCAAAACACAUUCGAGUCAAUGAAAGUGACCGCUCACAGCUAAUAUUUGGAAGUUUUGGAAAAGAAACUGAUUCUUCCAGAGAGUUCUUAUCUGCUUCACAUGUUGGAAGUGAAGAAAAAACGAUAGUUGACCACUCUCCAAGAAUAUCGUCUCCCCCAGAGCUGCCUUCCAGUGAGGAAUCAUCUGUUAGCAAUCAUGUUGACUUACCGCAUGAGCCGGCUAAACAAUCUGGGCCCAUUCCUGAACAGAUAGCUGAAAGGAAAGACACUUCAAGUUCCCAAAAUUUGAAUAAUUAUGCGGACCCUAGAUUAUAUCAGGACAAUAAUCAAUCAUACGCUCCACUAGAGUCACAGAAUCAACAAUAUCCCUCCGAGUUGUCAAGCUUUUCACAGGCAUAUGAUCCGCAGACUGGUUACGAUAUUCCAUAUUUUAGACCAGCCACGGAUGAAUCAGUUAGGGGUAUGGGUAUGUCGUCCUCUCAAGAGGCAUUGGUUUCUCAUUCAGUCAGUCCCAUACCUUCAACAACAUUAUCAAUGCUACAACCGCCACAAAUGGCACAAAUGUACCCACAAGUUCAUGUUUCCCAUUUCCCUAACCUUAUGCCCUACCGUCAAUAUCUUUCUCCUGUUUACGUUCCACCAAUGCCCAUGCCUGCUGGAUAUUCUACUACUCCUACCUUCGCUCAUCCAACGAGUGGGAACAGUUACAUGAUGAUGCCCGGAGGCAAUUCACAUCGAUUGGGAAUGCAACAGUUUAAACCCGUGCCAUCUGGCAGUCCUACGGGCUUUGGUAACUUCACUAACCCGAAUGGAUAUGCUAUCAACCCUCCUACGGCUGUGCUGGACGAAUCUUCUCGCAUGAAGUAUAAAGAUAGCAACCUCUAUGUUCCUAAUCAACAGGGCGAGGCAUCGGAAAUCUGGAUUCAGAAUCCGAGAGAUCAUCCAGGUUUACAAGCUGCAUCGUACUAUAACAUGCAGGGACAGCCAGCAGCACAUGGUGGUUAUUUGUCAUCACAUACGGGCCAUGGAUCGUUCAACCCGGCUGGUGUGACUCAGUCUUCUCACAUGCAAUUCCCUGGUUUGUAUCACCCAGCGGCGCCUCAGCAGGCUGGAAUGGCAAAUUCUCACCAUCUGGGUGCUAAUGUUGUUGCUGGUGCAGCUCCUCCUGGAGCUCAGGUGGGUUCUUAUCAGCAACAACCACAAUUGGGUCAUCAUCUCAAUUGGCCAACCAACUUCUGAAAGAUUAAAAAAAACUUAUAAACUGAACUUUUGAGGGAUUUGAAGAAGCAAAGUCUAUAGAAGUUUUUCCCCUUUAACUUUUUAAUUCACAAACAUGUCAUUUUUCUUUUACUAAUGCAUCCAGAUAAGUUUUUUUUCGUCCUUUUCUCA